GAAGUGAGCGAAGUUUCCUUCUUAGCAGAAAGAAGCCUAACCAAUCUUUUAAAUCAUCCAGUUCGGUAAAUACUCGACGCAACAUUUUUUAAGUUAUAAUCUCUUUUUAUAGAAAGCAAAUUAAGAUAUUUGCAUUUAGUUGAGACUUUGAUAAACAGAACGAAGUCGUUUUUCAACUUAAGCUCUGUGGCCUGACAAGAUAAGGAAGCCAGUGUCUGGAACAAGAAAUCCUUGUUCUGGAAACAAAAUGACCGGCUGGCGAUUUAUCUUAAUUACAAUAGUCUUAAUGAAGACGAAAGAUUCUCGUGUGAUCAACGGGCAGGUUUCCCCAGAUAAUUUAAAUCCAUAUUACAAUGAAUCUAUGGAGAUCGAGAAACGCCUCCCGGAGCAUGUACUUCCCAGGAAAUACGUAAUUGCGAUCUCGCCUGACUUUCAAAAGGACAAAUUUCACGGUAGCAUUCGUAUCGAUCUCGAAUUAUUAAAAGACCAAAGUUAUAUUACUUUACAUUCGAAGGAUCUGACCAUAUCAUCAACCAAAUUGUACACAAAGAAAUCUCAAACUGAAAUUCAAAUACAGUCGGUCUUUCCUGUAAGAAAACGUGAGAUGUUGGUUAUCAAACCUUAUAGAAAUAUCUCUUUAGGAGAGUAUUAUUUGAAAAUGAAUUUCAGUGGUAGAUUAAAAGGAAAAAUAAGUGGAUUCUAUUUAAGUACCUAUGUUGAUGAAAAUAAAUCCAUUAGAAAGUUAGCAGUGUCCCAAUUCGAGCCAUUCUACGCUAGAACAGCGUUUCCUUGCUUCGAUGAGCCAAGCUUCAAAUCCAUUUUUCUUAUUCGUCUCGUUUAUUCCAAGAAGCUUUUUUAUCACGCUCAAUCAAACAUGCCAAUUGUAGAAAUGGAGACGAUGGGAGACGACAAUGAUAAAACGAUCGCAUACUUUGAACCUACGCCACCGAUGUCCACUUAUCUUGUUGCCUUUUUGGUCAGUGACUUUGAGUGUUUAGGGACUCACAUGAACCUUCUGAACGAAAGUAAAAUACCAGUUGCUGUAUGUGUGAGGCCUAUGUUCAAACAAAAGGCAGCAUUCGCCUUAAACAUCACGAUUAAAGCGAUGAAGUUUUAUCUGGAGACUUUUCAGAUUGAUUAUCCACUGCCAAAAUUGGAUCUGAUCGGUGUGCCCGAUUUCACGACAGGCGCCAUGGAAAACUGGGGUCUCAUCACAUUCCGUGAAACGCAGCUGCUUCACAGCGAAAACGAUAGUUCUUGCACCAAUAUGAGAAGAGUCAGCUUGACUGUGGCCCAUGAAUUGGCACACAUGUGGUUUGGCAAUCUGGUUACCAUGAAAUGGUGGGACGAUCUUUGGUUGAACGAAGGAUUCGCCACAUACAUGGAACACAUAGCAGUUGACUUCUUGUUCCCAGAAUGGAAACUAAUGGAUUCAUUCCCAUUAUACACUAAAUACAUCUCUAUGAGACACGACGUUAAAUUACGCACCCGCUCAGUUGUAAAACGGAUCGAAGAUUUGAACGAAAUAGAAGAAAUGUUCGAUCGGAUUUCCUAUCAGAAAGCGGCGUCGGUGAUUAGGAUGCUCGAGGACACCGUUGGCAAUUCUAAGUUGAUUUCUGCUGUCAGGAAGUAUCUGAGAAGAUACCAGUUUCGUAACGCGGAGUCUCGCGAGCUGUUCGAUAUCCUGGGGAACACCACGCAAGCCACCAUUGACAUCGUCGAUUUCGUCCGCCGAUGGAUGAGAUUCCCUGGAUUUCCGGUGAUCAAUGUCCGCCGAGACAAAGCAGGCUUUCAACUAUUACAGCGGCGCUUCGCCACGAGUAGACGAUUUAGUGAAACGAUCGACGACGGGAGUUGGACAAUUCCAAUAAGAUACGUAACAAGCAGGAAGGAUGGCGUCAAGCUGGAUUGGUUCCUCGCAAACUACUCCUGCGUGGAAUUGUCACUGGAGAAGUCAGUGGAUUGGAUCAAAUUGAAUCAUGAUUCGAUCGGCUAUUACAUCGUGAACUACACGGAAGAUGCCUGGAACGUUUUCGGCAAUUUAUUAUUCUACAAUCCUUCAGCGUUAAGUGCUAUGAACAGAGCGGACUUGUUGCACGACGCUUUUCUUCUAGCAGGAGCUGGCUUAAAUUAUUCUACAGCUAUGAAUUUAACUUUUUACCUGAUGAACGAACAUGCUUAUCAAUCAUGGGCUGUGGCUAUGGAAUGGUUCGGACAAAUGAACAGACUUCUUCAUAAAACCCACGUACUUCGACGUUUUCGAUCAUACGCGAGAAGUCUGGUAGACAAAAUUUAUCAUCAAGUGGGAUGGCAUAAUUAUGAAAAAGAUUCGUUCAAAGACAGAGAGUUCCGUGUCUUGAUAUUGAACGCAGCUUGCAGCGUAGGCCACGACCACUGCCUGAAGACAACCGGAAGGAGGCUGCGAAAGUUCCUAUUGGAGAACACUGAUGGUACCCGGCAAAUGCUGCCAGAUAUUCGCUCUAUCGUCUACUCGUACGGUCUCGUUAAGAUGUCGGACGACGUUGGAUCGAUGUUCGAGAAAAUGUCGCGGCUGCUCGAGACGGUGAACGACGCGCAGGAAAAGGAACGUUUGAUGAUCGGGAUGACCGGAGUUCCGGACAAAGAUAUUCUUCAUCGAUAUCUAGAACGAGCAACAGACGAGACGUUCAUUCGUGGACAAGACUUUGCAACGCUGUUGAUCAAGAUCGCCAUGAAUCCCGUGGGAUUGGACGUCGCUUGGAAUUUCGUGCGAUCUCGAUGGGAAACACUACUUGUAAAAUACGAAAGAAACGAGUACACUUUAGGAAAUAUCGUCUGCACAGUUGUAUCCUUGUUUAAAGAUCGUGAGAAAUUACGAGAGGCGACGCAAUUCUUUCGAGAAAAGGCCGACUUGAAAGUGACUGAGAACGCAAAGAGAAACGCAAUCGAGGAGAUCGAAAACAACAUCGAUUGGUUGGAUGCAAACUCUCGAAGCAUCGAGCAAUGGCUGUCGUCUAAUGGCUUCGAUUGAUAGCCGCUCUUUUAAUACGAGACGAGAUGUACGAUUCAACUGGAACGCCGUAUCUAUGUCAAAUAUUUAAUUAACGGAAACAUUCCGAGUGUAUUUUGGAAUCCAUUAUCGGCCACGAUUAACGCGAUCAGAUUAAUGUUCCCCGAUUUGUCUAGAAAUACCCGAUCGAUAUCUCCUCUGUAGUAACCUACGUCCAAUUUUCAAUAAGUCCUAGUAAACCGCUAUUCGCGAACAAACUAAAUAAUGUCUGCCACUAUCGAUUACCCAAAUAUUUUAAUU